AACCCUAGUUCUGAACUUCUAAGGUUGUACUUUUAUUUCGCUAAGGGUUCUUACAAAUUAAAUACUUAUUCAAAAUAACUCCAUUCCUAAUCUUAACUUCUAAAGCCUCUCUCUCACUCUGGGAUGCAGAACGGAAUGGAGACUAAUUGCGAUUGCCGCACCGCCACUGGAGAUACCAUCGGGUACAUAUCCAAACACCUGGCCCCUCUCUCUCUGGAUGAUCAGUUUGUACAGAAGGAUGACAUGAAAGAAGAUACCAUGUUGACGGCUCUUGAUGAUCCUUUCAAGAACAUAACUGUUUAUCCUCCCGGUGUCGACGUACCACCACAUGUCUUUGACUUUGUGGAGGAAAUCCGUCGACCAUCGCCCAGAGAAAUGUUGUUCCACCACGCCUUUUUGCAGAAGAUGAAGAAAGAACGCGAAGACCGUAUUAUGACCACCAUGGGACGAGGAUAUAGGACGUGCACCGAUGGCAGACCUUUGGGAUUCUCACAACCAUGUAUGGUGCUUAUGAAUGUCUUGCCUGUCAACCCGAUGCCCCCUCGCCUCGCACCUGAAACAGAGUAGUCCUCUGUUGGAACAAAGGGACUAUGGUGAUGGUGAUAUAUGGGAUGCCUUUUGCUGGUAACUGGUAGUAGGCUUGCUUUUCUUGGGUUUCUUGUAAGAUAAGAGGUGGCUUAAGAUUGUUAGUACUAUGUUUUGCACCUAGACAUGUUAACUUGUUGGUGCAUGCUCCCCGGUUUUAUUUUGCUAGUCUUUGUGUUGGCACAACUGUUUGCUUAAAAUGCUUUGUCCAUAUCCUAGUAGUGAUCAAGUUUUUAGCUUUGGGGCUAUUUCUAGUGAGGGAAGAAUGUGAAAUAGCCUACCUUAUAUUGAUUCAAGUUCCUAUUAUGUGUUGAUUUUAAUAUAUCACAGUGGUGGAUAUGAUUAUGAAUUUUGAGAUUGUGGAAUUCCUCA